AUGCCGAGAUCCAGUCACAGUCGGCACGCUCAGCUGUCGCGUCAGUUUGAACGGCGCGUCGGCGCACGGAGCGGCCACGCGCGCGCAAAGGUGGCGACCCGAGAAAUAGCCAGCCGUCCGCCACUCGGUGAAGCCGGUUUGGCGGAUAACUCGGCUCUUCCGAUGGAUCCGGCGAAGGAACCCUCGAUGCCGGGCGAUGGGGACGCCGCGACAGCCGACGACAAGGAAAACGGUGCGUCGAUGGGGCCUGCCGGCGCUAAAUCAACCGCGAUGGAUACGGCGGGAGCUCAAUCCGCGGGCGCGGAGGGUGGCGCGCCUGCCGCCGACGGUGACGCUCCCCAGGCGGAAGACGGAGAUGACGAGGAAGACGAGGAGUCCGAGGAGGAGUCCGAGGAGGAAGAGGACGACGGCAUGACCGAGUACGAGCGACAGCGUCAACGUAACAUUCAGCGCAACCGCGAGCUGAUGAUGCAGCUCAGCCUGAAGAAGAUGGCCGACAACAUCAAACCCGACGAGGAGGAAAACGCUGCCAAAAAGCGAGGACCGAAGAAGGGUUGGAAAAAGAACCGCGGCCCGGUGGCGCCUUCUCGAGGAUCGAGCCGCAUUCAGCGCCUCCAGGAGGAGCGCAAGCACACCGCUUGGAAGGAUCUUCGCGUGGACAAGCCCCUCAAGACCCACCCCAACUGCUACGUUGAGCUCGCCCCGCAGUGCCUUGGCAUCGCCGACAACGAGAGGCGCGUCGACGGUUCCGACGGAAUCAUGAUCCCCGGCGGCUACUUCGCCGAGGGGGAGUUCAUGUCCGAGACGCUCUACUGCUGGACGGACAUGUUGGGUAAGCACUUCGUGGCGUGGGGCGAGGCUGAGGGCGAUCGCCAGAGGCACGUGGAGACCGAGGAUGGGGGUUCCGAUACCGCCGCGGGAGCCGCGCUUUGUAUCCUGCGCGAGUUGCAGAGGCGCAAGCUCGAGCUCUUUGGCGCCAUUCCCGGACGUGGGGUCUCGGAGCCUACGAACAUUCGCAUGAGAAUCGAUGAUUUGCCCACGCUCUACAGAGAGCCGGAGAAAAUGCCGGCGGUGCUCAAGCCCCUUUUGGAGGCGGCGUCCCGGCCCGUGCUUCCUCCUAAGAGGAAGCCGGGGAGGCCGCCAAAGGAGAAGAAGGAGAAGCUGGCAAAGACUCCCAAGACUCCCAAGACUUCCAAGUCCGUGUACGGCGCAGCGAAGUUCGCCGAUGUCCCCGACGCUCCGGAGUGUCACAACUGCGGAGUCAAGAGGGAGCAGACGCAGAAGAUGAGGUUCGGUCCCUCAGGCGCGAAGACGCUGUGCAACGCCUGUGGCUUGUACUGGGCGACCCAGGGAAGGAACAGACCCAACGGCGUGUUCAAGGACGACUACGAGCGUAAGGUGCCGGAGGGGCAGGUUCCAGCCGUCGCUUACACCAGAGGAUUUCGCCCUGACACCAUCAGCAGAGCUUACAAUACAGUAGCUGUCGGCAAUCUGGAUGAGAAGAAAUCCCCGAUCGACUCAGCUGAGAAGAAGGAGCCAGAGGAGGGAACGGUGGUGGCGAUGCCGGAUUCUGCUGAGAAGAAGGAGGAGGAUGGCGAAGACGUCGCGGAUGUUGUUGAUGAUGACGACGACGAUGAUGACGAGCCCCUUAUGGAUAUUGCCAGGAAAGUGGAUGAGGACGAAGAAGAUGAUGAUGAGGACGUUGAUGAUGAGGAAGAGGAGGAGGCAGGGGCUGAGCAACAGACCGAGCCCACUGCCGCUUCGACCCCUGCGAAAGACCUCGGGCGAGGCUCUUUCUUCCAGAACAUGGUGAAGAUGGCCUCCGUGGGCAUCGUGACUCCGGCCAUGAUCGGCGCUGACGAUUUUCCCGCUAUCCUUCCCGUCGGAUUCCCGGCUCCUCGCUGGGCGCCCCACCUCACCCAUCCACUCCCUCCCCUGCUCGGCAUGACUGAGGACUCUGCGUAUGAGGUCAAGACCGAUCCCCAGAACUCCAAGCUGGCCAAGGCAAUCGCCGUCAUCGCCGAGUCGGAUCCCAUCAAGGAUGCACAGGGAGAUAAGCUAAAGGAUUAUCCUGAUUUUGCGUGGUACGCAGUGCGAACCUGCGCGGCGGCCCUUUCCGGUUGGGGUGCCACCGUCGCCGGUGUCGGACCCACGGGACCCUGUGUCUUUCCCACCCGUUUCACUCCGACUAGCAUGGCGCCGACCCCGCGCGUCUACGUGGAGCGCGAUGUGGACGGUCUCACCUUGUUUGGGUACGCGGAACCAGAGGUGCAGCAGGCGCUGGAGGGUCAGAUGGAGAAGUACGAGCAGAAGGCUGAGGUGGAGGGCCCAGAGUCUGAGGAGGCUGAACGCAAGGUGGAUCUCAACGAGGCUCUCGCAUUCCUUGACACGCACGUGAAACGGGCCAUGAAGGUGCUUCAAAAUGCCGACAAUCGUGCCGACAGGGACGCCAAGUACGAGCGAGCCGCGCCGCGAGUCGCGAUGGCGUCUGAGGCUAAGAUCUUGUGCCCACCCCUGCCCAACGCCGACAAGUCUAAGAAAACAAAGGGUAAGGGAGGUGCCGGCGUCUCAGGGGCCUCCGCCGGCGAUGACAGCGAACAGGCUGGAUUCCUCACAGAGGAGGCAGUGCGAGCUCUCCCGGGACAGGAAGAGGUGCCGGAGCCGAUCUCUGUCGUCUGCGGAACCGCCACCGAGGGUGUGUUGCUCCCGUAUUGUCGACCUCGCGAGGAGAAGAUCCAGAUCAAUGACAGUGAGGAAACAAUCGUCACCCCCGCCGUGUACGAGCGCAUGGGUGGGAUGGGCGCAUCCAAGAAAUGGCGCAAGUCUAUCCGCCUGGCCAACAACACGGACAAACACCUGGGUAACCACUUGGCUGAGUUGGGUGCGGUCAAGGGCGAGAGCGUAGUCGGUCGCCGCAUUGCCAUCUACUGGGUCGAUGACAAAUCUUUCUAUCUCGGCGUGGUUGAUAGUUUCACCCCUCAGACUGGUGAACACGGCAUCAAAUACGACGACGGAGAGAUCGAGGAUCUGUUCCUGCCGAUGCAGCGCAUCAAGUGGCUCUCGCAGGAUGUCGGCCCAGCGGGCUUUGGCCAACUGAAGGGAGACGCUCCAGCGGCUGCGGAGAAGACACAGGAGCAGCUGGCGCACGAGUCCAUCAUGGCGGCUGCAAAAGCCAAAGAGGAGGAGGCGGCGGCGGCUGAGGCGAGGCGAAUCGAAGAGGAAGCGAAGGGCAUCCUGAGCCCCGAAGGCCGAAACCGCAUGACCCUGGGCGCUUUCGACGUCUGGGUCAAUCGCCCCUUGCAGUGGCGCAUGAAGAACUCGGAGCGCCGCAAGUGCUUCGAGAUUCUCCAGAUUCUGCGUUCAGUCCCGGACCCAGAUGACGACCCGGACGACGAGGAUGAGCCCCCGCGGCUACUCAUCGAACCCUUCGACACGCUUCCAACCCCGCGCGAACUGCCGGACUACUACGAGAUCAUCAGGUGCCCGAUGGACUGCCGCUGUAUUGAACGUGUCCUGAAGAGGCCCGCCGAACGCUCGUUUGCCUCCCCGUGGAUGUUCGCGGUUGCGGUUGAGCUGAUGCUUACCAACGCGCAAAUUUACAACGACGAAGACUCGCAGAUUCACGAGGAAGCCGGCAUCAUCCGUAGGGCUUUCGUGAAGGCCAUGGAGGAGCGGUUCCCCAACCAGCCUUUGCCGAGGCCGUUCAAGAUCUAUGAGACGGUCGAUGAGCCGAUGUGGAUGCGGCCGUGGGGCUGGACGGCGCCGCAGCCGGAAGAUGUCGCGGACGAGGCUGAUCCGUUUGGACCGCUCGAUUGGGAGCAGGAGGCGAAGGACGAGGACGAGGAGCGUGCGCUGGCUCGUGCCAUGAAGGCGGGCGCCGCCAUGUACGGAGGUGCGCCGGUGGUCAUCGCCAAACCCAAGGGCAGGCCCCCGGGUCGUCCGAGGAAAGAGGAUCCCGGAGCGUAUGCGCGAGACGAUACCAACUACGAUCCCAAGAGCAGACACGGUGUCAGCGCCGCCUCGCGUGGUAACAAGCGCAAACAGACGGACCUCAACCUCGGACCCGCCGCGACCGCCGCCAAGGAUGCACUCGAUGAGGCUGCCGAGGCGCUCACCCUUGACGAGCUCGUGGAGGCGGCGGAGUCGGCAAAGGCCCCCGAGCUGGCCGGCGCGCGCCGGCCGGGAUCUACCAUGCUUUCCAUCCUUCGACAGCACCCGGACAUCUUCGUCGAGUCUCUUACCGGAAAUGGCGCCGUGUUUAGCAUCAACGAGCGUCUCGUUGAAUACUCGGACGACGACGAGCCCGCGGGUCCGGCACGCAAGCCGACCACCCGGGCCAAGCCCAAGAAAUCCUACGCCGACCCGGAUGAGGACGACUUUGACGACCACGACGCCGCAUCCCCCGAUCACCACGGCGGCAAACGUAAGCGCGAGGAGCCCCACUACGAUGGACUGUCGCCGCAACAGACUGAGGCGUGCAAAAACAUCCUCAAGAAGGUCAAGGAGUUGAAGGAUCGCGACGGUCGCCAGGUGGCGGAGUUGUUCAUCCUCCUGCCCACACGGAAGCAGCUCCCAGACUACUACAAGCAGAUCGCUCAUCCCAUCGACUUUGACUCAAUCGGCAAGUGCCUCAACAAGCAGGGCGGGUACCAGACGGUGUGGAAGUUCCUCCUCGCGUGCGAACUCAUGCUGAGCAACGCGCAGGUGUACAACGAAGAGCACAGCGAACUCUGGGAGGAUGCGGCUACCCUGCGCAAGGCGUUCAUCGCCGAGCUCAAGAAGGUGUACCCGGGCCACCCUUACCCGAAGCCCAUGUCCGUGUACGACGAGGAGGAGUGUCAAGAGCCUGAGUGGAACCGUCCCGAGAAGAAAUCGGGCGGUAUGAAGGUCGUGGUCAAGGCUGGCGGUGGCGGGGCAGCUGCGCAGGGUCUCAAGGUUAAGAUGCACAAUGCGGGGAAAGGCGACGCGCUCAAGGUCACAAUGCACAAGGCGACUGACGAGCCCGACCCGAUGCCCGCCUUCGAAGACUGCGGAAAGUGCGCCACCUGCACGAUGGCGCGCAAGAGCCGCGCGCACAGGUGUCUGGAAGUGCAGAUGAAGGAGCAGUUGCACCUCGGGCACGAGGGUGCGAAGGUUGCCGCGAAGGGUGCGGGGGCGAAAGGCAUGAAACUCGAAAUCUACUGGCCCGGAGAUGAUUCCUUCUACUCUGGGCAGGUUGUCGGCUUCGACGCGGUCAAGCUGGAGCACAAGAUCAAGUACGACGCCGAGGGCGAGGAGGAGCAUAUCGCACUCUGGGGCCCGGAGGAGGUGGUCAAGGUGAAGUCGUCCAGACGUUAACACACGACGACGUUAACGUGCGUCCUCUCUUAUUAGAGCGAAUAAUAAGUCUAACUUAACACACAGCUCGUUUCCUUGUUGCCAGCGGCUGCAUAUGCUCAGCUCUUCCGUCGCUUGUCACUGGCAGCGGCGCGCAAAUCGGAUAUCCUGUGAAUCGUGGUCUCCUCUCCCUCCUCAGCCGCUCGCUUAGCUCCCGGGUUGAAGAACUGAGCGAUGGUAGCCUUCUUUGCCUGGGUCCCGGUUCCAGGCUGUGACGCUCCCCCGCCGCCGGAUCCGCGGAGCUUAUCGAACGCGCUGGUCGAGGGACCCUUGGCCACCGCGGCGUACGUCUUGACAGCCUGUUUCAUCUCCAUCGGGUUCUCCUUCGCCCGCUGCUGCUGCUUCGCAAACAGGUUGGCGAGGGCUCCCACGGGGUUCUUCUUGGCGGGCGCCGAUCGAGCAAACAUGUUUUUGGCCGGUGCGCCCGCGGGGGCGAGCGUCGAGCGGCGGUCCACCGCGGUCCGCUGCGUCGAUUCGACCGGCUCGAAACCCCAUGGCGACGUAUCCGCAUUCUCAUCCGCGACGGGGGUCUCGUGCCCCGUCGGGGCCUCGGACUGACCGGUGUCCGGUGCCACCGCGUACGGUGUCGGCACCCACGAAGAUCCACCCGCGCUGCCCCCGCCCGCCUGCCUCGCACCGGGCCUCGGCGUCCAGUCUU